AUGCCAAAGUUCUUGGUGAAAAUCAGAACAAACGCCGCCUUGAUUCAUCCGACGAUCCUGGUAGCUUACUCUCGGGUCAGUCAGUCAAAGACAGUCUUGGAAGCACUACACACUCCAAUCUCUCGAAACACCCCAAUCGAAACGACGAGGGUAUUACGCAUACACCCUCUGCCCCCCGCCACAACAAACACUGAAGCCGCCACCUCAAUCCUAUCCCCUCCCGGCACUGACACCUCCGCGACCGCUUCUGAGACUAUAUACCCAUCAAAUGUGUUGGAGAAUGGAGGAAAUGGAGGAGCUACUAGUAAACGCGGGCACGACACUGCCCAGGAACUUCGAGUUAUGCGAAAUAUUGCAGCGUCGGAGUGUGGGGCUAAGCUUCUUCAAGCCAGUCCCUCUGCCAAGCAUGCGCCUGCGAUUCUGGUGGACAAUAAUGAUGAGUAUAUGAACCAGCCUUGCUCAUCAGAGAAGUGGUUCAUCAUCGAGACAUGCGAACCGGUGCAACUAGGCAUCAUUCAAAUCGCCAACUACGAGCUCUUCUCGUCGCGCUGCAAGACCUUCCGCGUCUUCGUCAGUGACCGGUACCCGGCAAAGCAAUGGGAGCAGAUCGGAAUUUUCCGAGGCCAGGACGUGAAGGGCUUGCAGACCUUCCACAUUGGCGGCUCCGCAACCGGUCGUCUUAUCAAAUACGUCAAAAUGCUUGAUCACUAUGGGAAUGAACACUUUUGCCCGAUCACUAUGGUGCGUCUCUUCGGUCUCAGUUCGGAUGAGAUGGACGAGCCUGAACUCCCGCCGCCGCCGUUAUCUCGUUCCUCGCCUUCCGGUGACAGUGGAACCACCCUCGGGGAGUCGGAGGAUGGGCUCGAUGGUAAUACCAACACUUCACUGUUGAACAAAACACACCUCGAGGUGUCCAUGGAGCCUCAAUCGUCGGCGGUGACCAGCACUACUACCUCAAAAAAACCAUCAGGAAAGAAGAAAUUCAAGAGAAACAAGAUGUCGAAAACGGAACUUGAUUCUCCGGUUAAUAGUAGCUCGGUUGAGGAAGAUGGAAGUGAGGACUGUGCAAAGGGUGAGAGGGAUGAAGUGAGGGCAACGGCUCACGCCUUUAAAUCAACCGGUCUAUGGCAACAUGCAGCGCGAGUUAUGAUGGUUGACAAAACCGUCAACGGUGAAGGCGAAAUCUCUGAAUGCGCGGCGAAGAAAAGGAAAGCUCAGCCUACUUGUAAACUUUCCACAAAUUUCUUUGCAGCCGCUGCAACAGCCCCGAUGAAACGCACCGACUCUCUCACUACUGUGGAACCGACCAGCGAUGAAUUUUACUCCGUAAUCUACAUCUUCUCCGCCUCCUCUUCCAGUGCUGCUACACCUCCACCUUCCACGGACGCUAGAUCUCGCGGUCUCUGGCAUCUCGCCCACUGCCUCCUCGCGCUCUCCUCCUCCCCAUCCCUCCGUUCUCUGGCUGCACCACACCGCGCCUGGGCUGACUGUACUGCGUCCGAGUUCCUCCUUAAUCUCACAACCACUUCCUCCAGGGGUUCCACGGAAUCGCUUCUGCAGUUUCAGCGUUUAGCUGCAGCAUAUCAAAACCUCACUUCAGCAUUUGGUCGAUGGCCAGCAGUUCUGAUGCGGAGGCAGAUGGGGAAGGAGCUCCCCGUGCCCGAGUUCUUGAAACCACGGGUUGCCCCGAAGUUUGUGGUGUUACCGCCUUCGAAAUCAGUGGUAGAGAGUUUGGAAACCUUGGAGCAGGAAACUGUGAAGUCGAGGACGAACGAAACUGAACAGCCUCCUCCAGUCGAAUCAAAAUCGACCAGCCCUCCUUCACCUACUCAACCGUCACCAACACCGCUAAUGUCACCAUCUGAUUCUGCUGUGGAAUCCUACGAAGAAGAAGAGGCCGUUGAAGAUGAGAAUCCGUCUCCACAAUCUCCGCCGCCGUCCUCAUCGAUUCAGCAUGCAUCUUCGAAGGAAGGAGACGAUGAAAAUACACCGAUGGUGGAGGACGCGAAGGUCAUAUCGGGGACACCAACCUCAACUGAAUCUCCCUGGAAGCAGGAGCCGAAGGCAGAAGUGGCGAUGACGGAAGGGAGGGAGGGAGAACGCGAGGUGGUGCUGCCGGCAGCAAUGGGCGGCUCCUGGAAGGAGACCAUGUACAUGCGUCUUAACAACAAAGUCCUUCAACUUCAGUCGGACGUCUCUGUCAGUAUGAGAUACCUAGAGGAGCUGAGCCAAAGCUAUAAGCGUCAAACGGAGCGUUUGUCCGCGUCUUUCAAUCUCACAACCGCGUGGUUGAAGGCCACGGCGAAGGGAGCUGAGGAGCGCGAUCUGCUUCAGCAGGAACGAAUCGAUGCACUGGAGGCACAACUCACUAAACUCCUACACAUCCUCGCUGAGAGGGGUGUGGUCGUCCUGGAUCGUUCUCCACGUAGUGAGUCAUAUGCUUCCCCUCAAUAUUCGGAGUAG